GGAUAUUUGAAUGAACGCACGUCACAAUAUCAGCUUUUGUUACUCCAACCUAAUUAUCCACUGAUGGUUUUAAUUCAGUAUAUUCUAUUACGUCGGGAUUUGUCAGGUGUUUCCAAUUGGCCCCUAGGUGCAUUAAUUGCACAAGGUUGUCAUGCAGCGACAGCAGCAAUUUAUACAUACUCUACACACGCUGACACAAUUUCGUACUUAAAGCAGUUGGACAGAAUGCAUAAAGUUGUUCUAGGCGUCGAUAAUGCGGAACAACUAGAAAGUUUUGCCAGCAAACUUAAAGAUGCGGAUAUUGAUUAUUAUUUGUGGGUUGAACAACCAGAGAAUAUCAGUACUGCAUUGGCUACGCGACCAUAUGAGAAGUCUAAAAUCCAACCACAUUUCAAAGAAUUAAAAUUGUUAUCAUAAGUCCUAAUAUUUAAAAUUUCUCAUACUUAUACUCAUGGUGGUAUUCUGAAACAAUUGUUGUUCAUAUGAUGAAUAUAUUCUCUGUAGUACGA